CGCGAGACGCUAGCUGUAGCUGGAGUCGUUCCCUUUGUCCGUGCAGGUGGCGCAAGACUCAUUGCGCGUGCGUGACAGUUGUACAGCGUGUAAAGUGUGCAGCAGCUCGCGGAGCACCGCUGCAGGUAGGUCCGGGACAGAUAAGUGGUGAAUUCAAACCUAGCAGCUCGGCGUUUUCUUAAACCUGUUAUUUUCCCAGCUACAGUCCGUUUCCCAGCUCGCCGAACCGCGCUUUGUUAUCACCGAGGAGCAGCAGCGGCACUUUGCCAUGGCCGAGUGGCCAACUUGUUGAUGUUGUCGCACUUGUUUCGUUUUUCAUUCAGGAAUGUGAAGAUGCCAGAUUCUUUCAGCACCAUCCCCACAGAAACCCUCAACUCAAAAACUUUCCCAGUGGACCUGUACUCACACCCUACAGACAGCUUCAUUAACGCUCUCAGUAACGUCAGCAGUGGGGCGGUUAACCCUCGCUGCACCUACAAGGAAGACUUUAAGCGCAUUUUACUUCCUGCUGUGUACAUCAUCGUCUUCCUGCUCGGUUUUCCUCUCAAUGCCACCGUCAUACUGAAGAUAUGGAGGAAGAGGUCCAAUUUGUCCAGAAACAACAUCUACAUGCUCAACUUGGCCAUAGCUGACUUUCUGUAUGUGAUGUCACUUCCUUUACUCGUCUACAACUAUGCGAGUCAUGACUACUGGCCCUUUGGGGAGUUUACCUGUAAGAUGGUCAGGUUUCAGUUCUACAGUAAUCUCCAUGGCAGCAUCCUGUUCCUGACCUGCAUCAGUGUGCAGCGUUAUUUGGCCAUUUGCCACCCUCUGGCGGUGUGGCACAAGCAGGGUGGUCGCAAGAUGGCGUGGUGCGUGUGUGGAUUGGUAUGGCUGGUGGUUGCCUCCCUGUGCGCGCCAACUUUCCACUUUGCAGCAACAGGGCAACAGCGCAACCGCACCGUGUGCUACGAUUUGAGCACGCCAGGGCGCUCGGUAGACUACUAUCCUUACGGCAUGGCUCUGACGUGCCUCGGCUUCUUGCUGCCUUUCAUAGGCGUGAUGGUUUGCUACUGCAAGAUGGCCUUCAUCCUCUGCCGCCCAGUGUCCUAUCAGGGUGUCUCCAUAGCGCCCGGGGAUAAACGAGACAGGGCGGUGAGGAUGAUCAUUAUCGUGGCCGCGGUGUUCUGCGUAAGCUUCCUUCCGUUUCACCUCACAAAGACUCUGUACCUGGUGGUGCGUACCUUGCCCAAUGCUCCCUGCACAACAAGAAACUUGUUCUCAAUCAUCUAUAAGAGCACCAGACCGUUUGCCAGCAUGAACAGCUUUCUGGACCCGAUUCUGUUUUACUUCACACAACCACGCUACCGCCGGAGCACCAGGAGGUUUAUGCGCAGAGUCACCACUCUAAAGAGCCGAGGCAGCAGCGAUUGAGCGAACAGUGCUCCUUAGAGCCUUGUUAAGAUUUGAAACCCAGAGAUGCAUUAGUUUUCUAACCUUUUUUUUAAAGGUUCUUUCUCUUAUUACAGUGAGCUGUUGUCCUUGAGGCUUUCAGCUAUUAGUGACUAAGAAAUAUGUUGAAUAACUGUCUGAAGAAGCCAUCUGAAGUGCCACAUAAGGACUUAAAUUCAAUACAGUGUGAAUGGAAAAUGUUGACAUUGUCCUGCUUGCAUUGUUUUGAACUGGGAAUUAUUAUCACACUGACUCUGAGUGUGUUUGUCUGUGCGAAUUCAUAGAUUUUGGGUUAUGACUCUGAUGAAAAUGUCCUGCACUGUACAUAAGUGAUGUUUACUUUCAAGCUCCACUGCACUGCUUUUUUUUGUGAAACCCACAUUUUUUAAAUCAGUGAGCUUUUUUUUUUUUUGCUUUUUUUUUAACACUGUGACGUGUACUUUAAAUUGAAACUACUGAAUUAUUGUGUAAUUUUAGUAUCUAUGCGAGGUGUUAUGAUAGAGAUGCAUCAUGCUGUAAAGAGAUAUGCAGUUAAGGAAAGGAGAAAACAGUUCAUUUGAACUUUAAUGCUACUAUAAAAUCCACUGUGGCACUGUUUUUGGUGGUGUUGAGUCUGCAUGAAGCACUAGUCUGAGGAAAGGAACUGAAAGGUGGGGAUGGGGAUAUACUUUGCAAACAUGGCUGCAAAAAACAGAAGUUUAUGUUCACUGAUUUAGAAUUGGAGUAUUAUGCAUUCAAAUGAAGGUCUGUAGCUCUGUUUUUCCCUGAAAGUGACGCGUUUCAAUAUUAUCCAUGUCGUAAUAGCUGCUGUUGCGGGUUUUAACCACUGGAUGGUGUGCACACGCCACUGCUGUAACCCCACUGCCUCUGUCCUCUGUCGUAAUAGUAUUGAUGUUAAGAUAUUUUAGCACAUAUUAGAUCUUACAGUCACAAAUAAACCAUUCUCAAGAAAACCGUUAAAUGUGCAGCUCACAGCGUGCUGACAUAGGCUGUCACUUGCUGACUAAUCUCUUUCUUGUGCUUAAAAAUUCUGCAGCAAAUGAAGGAAAUCAGUUUAAAUUUUUUUUUUAAGUCAUUUAAAGGUAAAGAUAGAUGCAGAUUGUGGAGUUAAGGGCAUUAAAUUAACUCUGUGGUUUUUAUGAGUGUGUGAAUCUUUUCAGUCUAACUGGGAUUCCUGAAAUGUUUAGUACUUAGUACUGCUUUGACGUGAUUUAGCUGUAUGAAGUAGGUUGCCAGCUGCAUGAUCUGGUGACUUAAAAUGUUCAUGAAAUGAACAUAAAUGUAGAUGGCAUGUGUCUGCAUGUACAUAUGUGUACUUUGAUGUUUACUGUAAAAAUGUGCCCUGUGUUUUGUCAUACCUGCCUUUCAUAGUGAGCACCUUUAUCAUGUUUUUAAGCAGUGAAUCUUUGCCCCGUGACGAGCUCUUGACAGCAAACAAUGCACUUACCGUCGAGUGACAUAAACGUGAUUGAUAAUUUUGUGACAGUCGUGUUAACCAGAAGGUUUCAGAGUAGCCAAACCCAUAAGUUACACUAGGCUUUGCCAGCUUGAAGACCAGUAUGUUGUUAAAUUCUGAAAUGAGUCAUGACAAUGUGAAAAAUGGCUUUCAAAUCGUAUUGUUCUGAAGCUCCUGUAACAGGUUAACACUUUAAGUAUCUGUUGUAUGUGUCAGUCUAAUGUGAAUGUGCAGUUUUGACCUCAAUAUGAGGUGGUGAUGUGCUUCAGUUUCUUAAUGUGUGCGUAUUUGAUGUGAUACUUGAUGUGUAUUUGUACAUAGUAACAAUAGUUAUGUAAUAUGUGUGUGUUGUACUACUGGCUUUAGAAAAAGUGAAUGUCACAGUCAUCUGUAAUGACCUAUUGAGACCCAGACGUCAGUAUUAAUUAGAAGAGUUCUUAUUUUUAUCAAAUUCCCUAACAAAUAAAUAAUGGGAAUGGUAUUUUAUUUUUAUAGACAUGUAAUUAUGUUGAUAGAAAAACUAAAACUGAAGUUUUUUUUAUUUUUUGCUGUACAGAUGCUUAAUUUUCUGUGAUGUGUUUCUGAUUGUUGCCAUGUUGUACUAACUGAAACUAUUAAAAAACACAAUGUUUUCACAAUCAUC